AAUGAUACGGAUUCGGAUCACGACUACGGCGUUGGACUAAUGAUACCUGGGGCAUUGGCAACUGCGAUGAUGACUUGGGUUUGUAUUGGAUGGUUCUGGUUUUUGGUUUGCUUUUUUCCCCUGCUUCGAUAGACAAACGCAUGGCUGUUUUCUUGUUUGGUUUUAUUUACUAUUCAUUGUUCAAGCCUGUAUUGUCAUCGCUCAUACGCGACGGGUUCAUCACCUUUUGUUUUAUGAGAUUCUCGGGAACUGCAAAGCCGAUUUUUUUUAAACAAGCAUUUUCAACUAUCUGUUUUCAAUAUUCAUAUCAUUUAUACCUGUACUUAACCGUACUCACGAUGUUACCGAUAUGCAUGUAACUUAGCUACCGUAGAUAGGAUUAUUUAGACUUGAGAUACCCAAUAGUUAUUUUAUUUAGGUAGUUAUAGCAGUACCUAUUCAGGUACAUAGGAGGUAGUUAUAGCAUUGCAGCUGAGCUGAUUUCACACAUCCAAUAGAUUACUAGUAUGCAUCAUGUUCGC